AUGUCUCUUUCUUCUUUUCAUUCUCCCAAUCCUCAUCAAGAUAUUUUUGUCCCCUAUAUUCCAAAUAAGCAACCGGGCACUAGAAAGCGUAAGGCGAGUGAUAACACAAGCGAACGCCAGCCCAGCGAAAAAAAAUGGACCCAAAAUGUUGCGGGAGCCAAGAGCACCAGUAUCACUUCAAAACAGAAUCUUGAAUCACCCACUCAGAUUUUGACUUCAUGCUCUAAACCUGUUGACGACGAAGUUACUGAAAUUAGUCACAUGGCACUUUAUUAUGAUGAACGCGAACGUAAGGAUAAAGACAAAGCCUCUAACAUUCUGGAAAACCAAAGUCUUGUGGUUGUCGAAGGAACAAAUGCUUUCGCCGCCGACAUGACUUCGAAAGAACGUACAUUUGCUGCUGAAACGUUAAAUCCACCGCCCAUGGAUGCAUGUGUACUAGAGUUGCCUCCUAACUGCGGAAGCGAACUUCCCCUCUCUACCGACUCAAUAGAUUUUGAUGUAGAUAAUUGUCAUGCCAUUCCCCAAUCCAUGACGACAAGAAAUGGCGAGAUACCUGAUCGUAAUGGCGUUCCUGGUAGUCACAGGAGGAAUUUAAGAGCACUUAGCGACGAUAAAGGAGAUUGA